UCCCGGAAUUAUUCUUUCCGGUUUUGUUGGGUUUUACUUUUCAUUUUUAUUAACUGUAUUCCGGGUGAUCUAAGGCAUCAGUGCCAACCUCGUGGGUUCCAGAACCCAGCAUAUUUUACUAUCUUUAAAGCCACCUAUGAAUUUUUCACCCUCUCCGGGGGUUUGGAUGCAAUAAAACCUCGAACAUUGCACAGUGAAAAAUUCAUAGCCGAGCUAGUGAUUAAUUGAAUGGAAGGUUCAACGACAAACAUCAGCCAGAUAAGUCCACCUUCAGCCAUGUCUUCAGGAAGAAGGUCUUCCUCCAUAGCUUCAGAGCUAGCCAGACACCGGGCCAAACUAGAAGCGGCAAAAGUGCGGGAAAAAUAUCUACAACAAGAAUAUGAAAUGGAAAGACAAAAAGCCAUACUUGACCGAGACCUUAAGGUACUUCAGUGCAAAAGAGAGAUGGAGGAAGCACAGAUUGAAAUGAACAGUCUAGAAGGUUUAGAUGAAGUACCUGAUGAGAAUUUUACAGAUAAAGAAUACCAAAACCUUCGGCAAGUUGCUCAGGAGAGAGUCGAGGAGUUUGUACAACAGCAGUCAGAGUUGAAGACUGGAUCAGAGAAAAAGGAACAUAGUGUCGUACCAAACAACAUUACACUGUCUCCUAUGGCGCCGGCAUUCGUUCCAAAACAAGACUCGAGCAAUGGACAUAUUAAUGAAGUGUCUAAGUUCCUUGCAAAGAAAGAUUUAUUGUGGUGUCGACUCACAAAAUUUGACGACCGCCCAGAAUACUUCACAGGAUGGAAAACAAGUUUUAAAAACAUUGUGAGUGAACUGAACUUAACAUCUUUGGAAGAGAUAGAACUAUUGAAUAAGUGGUUGGGACCAGAAUCAGCGAGAUAUGCACAAAGCAUAAGGACCGCCAGUGUGAAUCCGGAUAUCGCUUUAGCCCGACUAUGGGAACGCCUGGAGGACAGAUACGGUAGGCCGGAAAUGAUUGAGGCAGCCUUAAAAAACAAACUUUCAGCCUUCCAGAGACUCAGUAUUAAAGACAACAAACGAUUAUACGACCUCGUGGACAUUGUGUCAGAAAUAGAAGCAGCAAAGGAAAUUCCACACCUCUCUUCGCUUUUCGCAUACUUCGACUCAUCAAGUGGAGUGAACCCCAUCGUGUCAAAACUUCCUUACCAAAUCCAAGAGAAGUGGACCAGGCAUGCAAACAGCUUUAAAGAAAGUCACUACAUGACCUUUCCACCCUUCCAUGUUUUCUGUAAAUUUCUCCGUGACACGGCACGAAUGAAAAAUGAUCCAUCCUUUUACUAUGACAAUGUGAUUGAGAACGCCAAAGUUGAUGGAAGUCGACGAAAGCCAACAGGUGCAUCAUCUGUCGCUACAAGGAAAACUGACACAAAUGCUUCAAGGCCCAUGGACAAGACGGAACACACGCAACUGUGUCCCUUACAUGAGACUGGCCAUUCACUGAACUCUUGUCGUGCCUUCCAAAAGAAAACUGUUCAAGAGAGAAGAGAAUUCCUUCGAUCAAAGGGAAUUUGUUUUAAAUGCUGUGAAGAGAAACAUCUGGCCAAAGACUGUCAGAAAAGAAUGAAGUGUAACAUCUGCAAGGAGCCAGGACAUGCCACUGCCCUGCAUGUCGAGAAACGCGCAAGCGACACUGAAACUGAUAGCCAGGUAAAGGCCGUAUGUACACAAAUUUGCGGAAACGUGCAUAAAACUAGCAAAUCCUGUGCUAAGACACUCUUGGUCAACAUUCACCACGCAAACAACCCAAACAAGGUGCUACGAACGUAUGCGAUAAUUGACGAACAGAGCAAUCGAUCUUUAGCAAACAGUUGUUUCUUCAACUUCUUUGGCGUGGAAGGUCCGGACGUCCAGUACGAGCUUACCUCAUGUUCGGGGCUGUCUACCCAAACUGGAAGGAGAACGGCAGGAUUCAUUAUCUCAUCUUUGGACGGAAAAUCUAGUCUUCGUCUUCCAUCAUUGAUGGAAUGCAACUAUAUCCCAAACAACCGUGAUGAGAUUCCGACACCAGAGGUCGCGAGGUCUUACAGACACAUGAGGGACAUUGAGGAGGAAAUACCCCCCUUAGAUCAGGACGCAGAGAUAACAUUGCUGGUUGGCAGAGAUUUGUUGCCUGCCCACCACAUUUUAGACCAAAGACUGGGAGACUCCGACUCUCCAUUUGCUCAAAGACUACACCUAGGGUGGGUAGUGAUUGGUGAGGUAUGCUAUGGGGCCUCACAUUCUCAGGAAUCCUUGUCAGUGUGCAAGACAUAUACUAGGACCAAUGGACGUACGUCUCUCAUGGAAACUUGCGAAAAUUCAUUCCAAUUGAAGGAAACAGACAUAUUUGCUAAGACGAAGCAUGACGACUCACCAGGCCUCUCCAUAGAGGAUAAGAAGUUCGUUGACAUCAUGGAGCAAGGUUUUGAAAGAGAUUCUGAAGGAUGUUGGUGUGCACCACUUCCAUUUAGAGAAAACAGACGGCUCCUUCCGAGCAAUAGAAUUCAUGCACUUCACAGGGCAAAUCUACUUACUAGAGGACUUCAAAAGGACCCAGACAAAAAACGGCAUGUCGUGGAAUUCAUGGGCAAGAUCCUGGAUAAUGGUCAUGCUGAGAUUGCGCCACCACUUUCUUCUCCAGAGGAAGAACACUGGUACCUGCCUCUUUUUGCAGUUUACCACCCCAAGAAAGGAAGCGUCAGAUGCGUGUUUGAUUCAUCGGCACAGAUUCAAGGACUCAGUCUCAACAGCAUUCUCUUGACCGGACCAGACUUGGUUAAUAGUCUACUUGGAAUCCUGUUAAGGUUUCGCCAGUUCCAGGUAGCAGUGACAGCAGACGUAGAACAGAUGUUUUACCGUUUUUCUGUUCCAGCAUGUCACAGAAACUACUUACGAUUCUUUUGGCACAAAGACAACGAUACAGAGAAAGAACUUACAGAGUACAGGAUGAAGAGACAUGUCUUUGGGAAUAGUGCAUCCCCAGCGGUAGCUACCUUGGGACUACGCAGAACUGUAAGAAACGCCGAUGAAGAUGUCAGGCAAUUUGUGUGCAGAAACUUUUAUGUUGACGAUGGGCUUUUAUCUGUAGAUACAGUCGAAGAAGCGAUCAACUUACUCUCAAAAACACAGAAAACUCUUAAGGAGGAAGGGAACAUCAGGCUGCAUAAACUUGCCUCCAAUGACCCAAAGGUAUGCAGUGCAUUUCCAACGGAUGACCUAGCCAAAGAACUCAAGGAUCUGAACCUAGAUUUAGAUGAAACCCCCCUUCAACGGACCCUUGGUGUGAGCUGGAAUGUGUCCACAGACAUGUUUACAUUCCAAGUGUCGCGUACUCUUCAUCCGUAUACAAAAAGGGGAGUACUUGCAACUAUUAAUAGCCUUUAUGACCCAAUUGGAUUCCUUGCACCUGUUAUAGUCAAAGGAAAAAUGAUACUACGGGACUUGAUGGCUGAGAAAUUGGACUGGGAUGACCCUCUCCCUGAGGACCAGUACUCUCUAUGGUGUGAGUGGCGAGAGUCAUUGCCAGCGUUAGAGGAUAUAGCAAUACCAAGGGCUUAUGCGUAUAUCAAUAGUGCAGAAGUCUCGCGCAGAGAACUACACAUAUUUGCCGAUGCAUCACAAAAGGCAAUUGGUGCAGUGGCGUAUAUGAAGACUUUCAAGGCAGACGGCACCCUUCAUGUGGGAUUUGUCCAGGCAAAGGCAAAGGUUGCACCUAUACAUGGGCACACAAUUCCACGUCUGGAAUUGUGUGCAGCUGUGUUAGCAUCUCAACUGAAACUUACGAUUUUGAACAACCUAGAUGUUGAAAUAGCUGCCACGACCCUGUAUUCAGAUAGCAAGGUAGUACUCGGGUAUAUCAACAACGAAAGCAGACGAUUCUACAUAUAUGUGGGAAAUAGAGUAGAGAAAAUACGUCAGGCGACAUCUUGUCAUGAGUGGAAAUAUUGUCCUACAGAUCAGAACCCCGCGGACAUUGCCACCAGGUCAAUCAAGCCUCAGAACCUUCAAGAAAGCAGAUGGUUAUGUGGACCCCAUUUCCUUAGGAACACAAAAGAUGAAAAGUAUAUUCCCAGUGAAUCAGGAAAUCCCACUGACAGAUUCCCAUUGGUUGAUGUGGAACAAGAUAAGGAGGUGAGACCUAUUGUGAAGACCUUGCAUACCGCUUGUAAGGAUGAGGUAUACCACCCCUGGUGUGAGCGAUUUAAGAAUUUCUCCUCUUGGAUCGGACUGGUCAGAGCUAUUGCGCGACUGCAGCACCUUGCUCAGUCCUUUAACAAGUCUAGUAGCUGCGUGGGAUGGCACCAUUGUUCAGUCCCAAGGAGUGCUGAAGCUUACAAAAGAGCAGAAGAAUUCAUUAUCAAGGCAGCCCAGAGAGAAUUCUUCCUGGAGGAAGUUGAGAGCCUUAUGGAGGGGAGAGAAAUUAAGAAAGGAAACGCUAUCUUGGCCUUGUCACCGUUUUUAGACUCUCGAGGACUUCUCAGAGUUGGAGGAAGAUUGAGGCGUGGAACCAAAUCACUUCGACAGAUUGAAACUUGCCCUAUUUUGAUACCGAAAGGAAGUCAUUUAGCAAACUUAUUAGCUCUACAUUGUCAUGAACAGGUCUUUCAUCAAGGUCGACGCCUCACUGGAGGGAAACUUCACAGCAUGGGAUUCUGGAUCGUAGGAGAGAAAAGGUUAAUCAACAGUCUUCUGGGGAAAUGUGUCAUCUGCAAGAGACUGCGUGGUACAUUCUGCUCUCCUAAAAUGGCCGAACUUCCUGAAGACCGUUUAAGUCCUGGACCCCCUUUUACCUACGUCGGAGUAGAUGUAUUCGGCCCUUGGAGCAUAACCGCACGCAAAACCAGAGGAAGUCAUGUAACGCAGAAAAGAUGGGCUGUACUUUUCACGUGCUUAACCAGCAGGGCGGUCCACAUUGAAAUCUCGGAGGAACUCAGCACCUCAAGUUUUAUCAAUGCAAUGAGGCGCUUUAUCGCCAUUCGAGGACCAGUCAAGAUCUUCAGAUCAGAUCGUGGCACCAAUUUUAUCGGUGGAGUCAAAGAGUUGGGCAUGAAGAAUGUUGUGACCGAAGAUGCCUCCAUCAAGAACUUCUUAGCGGAAAACGGCUGUGUUUGGAUUUUCAACCCACCACAUGCUUCCCAUUUCGGAGGCGUGUGGGAGCGGAUGAUCGGAAUCGCACGAAGGAUUCUAGACGGGAUCUUGCUGAGCAAAAAGUACAUCAAAGAUCUUACUCAUGAAGUGCUUGUUACCCUCAUGGCCGAAAUCAGCGCUGUCAUGAACUCCAGACCAAUUGCUGCAAUAUCCACAGAUCCUGAUGACCCAUCCAUAUUAGCGCCAUCCAGUCUUUUGACCCAAAAGGUUGGAACACCACCAGAUGACAUUCCUCAGUUUGGUAUCAAAGACAUAUACAAGUCACAGUGGCAGAGAGUCCAGGUGAUGGCUGAUGAAUUCUGGAAAAAGUGGCAGAAAGAGUACCUGACGGGACUUCAGACCAGAAGAAAGUGGGCGACGGACCAACCUAACCUAAAGACAGGUGACAUCGUUCUGUUACGCGAGUACGAUUCUGGACGCAACUCAUGGCCGACUGCCAUGGUCAAACAGACUUUUCCGGGAGCUGAUGGAAGAGUGCGAGAAGUGGAGGUCCGUUUGUGUAGAGGAGAGAAAGUGGUCACUUACGUUCGUCCCGUUCAUGAACUUGUGCCGUUGAUCACUGAUUGAAUUAACAUUUGUACAUAAAACUGCUCUUGUGUGUUUUCAUUUUUGAGUUUGAUGAAUAAGAAUGAUUAUUUUCUCAUCACCUUAUAUGAAAUGCCUUGUUAGUUGUCAGUUUGUUUUGAAUUAUUUCAUUGAGGUGAUUUUUUGUAAAAUCAGGAGGGGAGUGUAGUGUCCCGGAAUUAUUCUUUCCGGUUUUGUUGGGUUUUACUUUUCAUUUUUAUUAACUGUAUUCCGGGUGAUCUAAGGCAUCAGUGCCAACCUCGUGGGUUCCAGAACCCAGCAUAUUUUACUAUCUUUAAAGCCACCUAUGAAGUAAGUUUUGUGCCUUUUCAUUUAUUACGAUGUGUAACCAAUGGAUAACACUCGUUUCCUACUCAUAUAUAUAAUUUUUAACUGUCAUAUAGAGUCAUCGAGUAUUUGGCGCGUUUUUACCUGCCUUUGUUUUGUUCGUUAAUUUUGUAUGCAACAAUUGAUUGAUAAUUGCAUUUUUAAUACAUUUAUAAACAUGAUAGGGAUAAACUAUUUUAAUGUCCGUUUAUGAACUUGUGUAAAAGAUUUCGAUCGAAUAGCUCUGAGAUUUGUCAAAAUUCAAAACUAUGGAAGCCCACUUUAGUCAUAUUUUUAUUGUGUAUGUUUUAUAUUGAGAUACUGUUUACAUUUUGUAUUGUUUGUUUGUAGUUUUUCACCCUCUCCGGGGGUUUGGAUGCAAUAAAACCUCGAACA